AUGGGUAGAGCUCCAUGCUGUGACAAGGCCAACGUGAAGAAAGGACCUUGGUCUCCCGAAGAAGAUGCUGCACUAAAAGCCUACAUUGAAAAUAAUGGAACUGGAGGCAAUUGGAUUGCUCUUCCUCAGAAAAUUGGGCUCAAGAGAUGUGGAAAGAGUUGCAGACUUAGGUGGUUAAAUUACUUGAGACCUAAUAUCAAACAUGGUGGGUUUACUGAAGAAGAAGACAACAUCAUCUGCAACCUUUACAUUAGCAUUGGCAGCAGGUGGUCCAUUAUUGCUGCUCAGUUACCUGGAAGGACAGAUAAUGACAUCAAGAACUAUUGGAACACUAGAUUGAAGAAGAAACUGCUUGGGAGGCGCAAACAAUCUAACAUCAACCAAAAAGACACAAAAGGAAUAGAGGAAAACUCAUAUUCAAAUGGCUUAAGUAGCUCCGCUCUUGAAAGACUCCAACUUCAUAUGCACCUUCAAAGCCUUCAAAACCCUUUCUCUUUCUACAAUAAUCCUGCACUGUGGCCAAAAUUGCAUCCUUUCCAACAAAAGAUGAUCCAAAGCCUGCAAUCUUCAAAUGAUAGCUCUAACCCUGUGAUGCAAAAUGCUUUGCCUUUCCCUCAUGUUGGGGAAGGACAAAAAGAUGAGUUCUAUAAACCUCCUAGGAGUGAUGUAGUUCAACAAGAUGAUGCAAAGAUCAAUAACCCACAGGUUGAUCUUUUGGGGAAUUCCUUGAACAACAGUUCAGUUCCUUUCAUUGCUUCUGGGAAUAAUCCAAUGCAUUCAAGUCUUGCACCAAGAGCAGAGGCUGUUGAGAAGACUAAUGUGGGACUUCAGCAACUUGGUGCGCUGCAAACUGAACUAGAUGAAAUUCUAAACAACAGAACAAUGGGUUACAUACCACAGGAAGAUCACAUGGCUCAAUUUGAUUGUUUCAGAGAGAUGAAUGGUUCAAAGGACAGCUUCAUUUGGUGGUCCAAUGAUUCUGACACCAAAUCAGCAUCCUCAAACUCCUGGGAUUCACCGAAUACUCCAGUUAUUCUGCCAGAAGGGAUGUUCCAAGAUUAUGAACUAGGUUACACUCUGUAG